CUUCUCCACGUCCCUCUACAACGCAGCAUGGCCCAAUUCGACAAGUCAAAGCGCUCAGUCGUCAAGCACAAGACCAGGAAACCCUUCAUGGGUGGCGGAGGUGGGCCAAGCGGUGGCACAGAGGCAGGACCUUCAGAAGGGAGACCGCGAUCCUUGGCCAAGGGAGGGAGGGGAGGUGGGGGCUUCAAGGUUGGUCCUCGUCACGCUCCGGAUGGGGCUUACCUGGGCAAGGCCAAACGCAUCAAAGCCAACCUCAUUGCAAAUGCCAAGACCAAGCAGCGCUUCUACAAGAGCAUCAAGGGCAAGGACAAAGCGGACGAAAGCGCAAUGCAGAUGGACCACGCUGAGCCUAGUCUGGGACGAUUUGCGCCCGAGGCUGGAGCAAGACAGGCAAGAGAAGGUGGUCAGGAGAAGGAAGAGGAUACGAGGCGGAGUAGAGGAAGGGCAGGACCGCCACCGCCGUCAGACGAUGAGGCGGAAGGUGAAGAUGCAGGAGAUCAGCGCCCUCGAAGAAGACAGGAUCGAGCUGGCCCUGCGGUGCCUAUAGGUGGCAAGCGCGGCAGUGCGGUGAAGGGUAGCGGUCAAUCCCGCACAGACGCUCCAUCAGCAUCCUCAGCAGACACAGCCUCUCAGCAAGCUCGUCAGCCGCCAAAGUAUGCCUCACGUGAGGAAGCCCUCGCUGCUCGUAAAGAGCGUCAAGAGAAGUGGAACAAGGCCAGCGGCAGCGAGGUUGGGCGUCGGCGCGGGCAGCCAGAUUUGGGCAGUAGAAUGGAGGUGCUGCUCGACAAGAUUCGAGCCACCUGAGAGGGUGGAGAAUGGGCAUUGUGGGUGAACUUCGUAUAUCGUAUGUCAUUGCUUUUUCGUGAGU